UAAUAAUAACAUUAUGAAAUAAAACAUUAUUACGGUAAUUUUUAUAUUAAUUAUAAAAUUAAAAUUAUAGAUCGUUCAAUACAAAACUAUUCCGAAGAUGAAUUCCAAGUUUCAUACUUUGGGUUGCGCUAUCGCAACUUUGACCGUUGUUGGCCUUGCCAGCUAUCAAAGUAUUAGAAGUCUCUUACGUAGAAAUCCAACUUUGGCCGCAAAAUCUAUUCAAAAAUGGUUUAGAAAUCGCCGAGAAAGUUUUAAGGAGCAGAACGAACUCAUUGUAACUGUACAAUGUUACGUAAGAGGAUAUUGUGCACGUCGUCAUCCUCUUUUGCUGCAAAAAUCUCGAGUUUGCAUUAGUAAAUCGAUUAAAUCGUUAUCUACAGAAAAAAUUCAGGAUAUUUCCGCACUGUUGAUUCAAAGCUGGUGGCGUACUAAUGAAGAUAAAACUAAAUAUAUAUUAAUACCCACUAAAAUUCAGGAUAGUUUUAUACCUUCAUCUAUAUUAUAUGAAUUUUUUAAAAUGAAAGCGUAUAUAGUGACAAUGAUAAUAGCAAAAUGGUGGAAGACUGUUAUAAAAAUCCACAACGAAAACGAAAUACAAGGAGACGAAAUUGAUAUCUGCUUAGAAGGCUUAACAAGUUGCGAUAGACAUCAAUUUCUUUACGAUAAUCUGGCUGUUGUACAGUCCAGGAUGAAAGGAUUUAUAGAAAGAGUUAAAUGUGUUGAAGUAAAACGAGAAGAAAAGGAAGGAAAAAUUCUUGGGAGUGUCGAUAUUUGGUGGAAACAAUCGUCGGAUAAGGAGUAUUCAGCAGAAUUGAUUGAUAAUCUUUUAUCAAUUCAAGAUGUUGUGAAAAGGUUUGCCGAGAAACUAAGGCUGAUUAAAGAAUUAGAACAAACUGAGAAGGAAAUGGCAUCCAUCAUUUUGCAGGCAGUUUGGAGAAAUUAUAAAAGUGGAGGAUCUAUGGAUCUACAGUUAAGCUGUUAUACCAAGAAGCUUAAAAAUAUUCACAAAUUUAUGGAAGAUGUAGUCAUACCUAAAAAAGAUCGAUUGAAGUGUCAACAGAUAAAAAGCCAAAUAUCAAAUAAAUUAGCAAAACAGGAAACAGGAUUGGAAUUGGAANUUCCUUUCUUACUAAUACAUUAA